AUGAUAAAAUGCAUCAACGUAAAAGCUAUUGUAAUUAAUUUCAUCUUUAUUGUCACGCUAACGAAUCCAUCGAGUCUGAAUGAAUAUAGUAGAACAGUCGACAAUAAGAACAACCAAAAUGUUGGAAGUGUCAUCUUUGAUAAGAACGACUUAAAGAAAACAUGCUGGAAUAAUGAACAAUUGACAUUAUUGAUGAGCCGGAAAAUAUUUCAGGAUUUAUUGCCAGAGGUAGAAACACUUGAUGCUGAAAAUGAGGAAUUCCCUCUGUUAAUGGUGGAGUACAUGGACAUUUGUUUGGGGAUGGUUAAAAAAUCAGCAACUGGUAGAAUCCAACAAUUAUUGAAAAGAGCUUUGGCCGACACAUUGGCCGGUUAUCUUUACACUUACAUUCUUCCUAUGAUCAGGAAAUCUUAUUACGCCGGUAAUAUCCUGUACGAAGAUGCUAAAGAACUUUUUGAUUUGUACCAUGAGAUAUUAGGAUUCAUGCAUACUGAUGGAGUUGGUUGGAUUAAGCCUAAAAAUGAUAUCCAAUAUGAAGGAGAACCUAUUACAGUAGAACCUGAUCCUGAAGCUUGUUCAAACUUGGUUCUAUAUCCAGAAAGCGGAGCCCUUAAUAUACCGGUACCUUUUCUUGAUGACAACAAAAACCCUACCAGUAUAGCAUUGCCAUUCCAGAAUGAAAGUCUUUUUUCUCUUUUUACCGAGAACUCGGCAUUUAUUCUUUUAAAAUACUACAAAGUUGGUUACGGUUGUAUGUCAUCUCCCCGAGAGAAAAGAGGAGGAGAAGAAACUACUCAAAGUUCAAUUGACUAUGAAGAAUCCGAUAAUCCUAUCGUCCAAUUAGCUCCAAUUAGUCCUACGUCAACAUGCUCACCAAAUGAAGCAAAUAAAUCAACGUGGUCGACAUGGGAAAUUAUUUUAAUAUGUGUAAUAUUCGCAGUAUUACUUUGGCUGUUAGUUGGCAUCUGUGUAGUAUGUUGUAGAAAAAAUUACUCAAAUUAUUAUCGGGAUGGAACACCCUUUGCUGUGGUCUACAAAAAUGACAAAUGUAUCAAUCAGGAGAAUGUUCCUUCUGGACGAGAUGCUAGACAGUCAAUGUGGUCAUGGAAGAAAAAAAAUUCUGAUCCUGGUUGUCCGUGUGGCGGAGAAGUUGAUAUUGAAGGAAGAGAAGAAGAAUUUAUAAGUGCUAUGGACUAUCAAAAUUACAUGACAAAUGAAGUUAAUGAAAGAACAAAAAAAAUAGGUUUUACUUUAAAACCAACAGUUAAAAGUGCGCCUAUUAACUAUCACGAUACGGAUUCAGUUAUGUCUACCUCGGGAAGAAGUAACUGC